CCAGCUCCGCCUGUGUAUCAACUGAUAUUAUGUCGCGAGUGCUGAUUAUGGGCGAUCGUUUUCCUGAUGCGGAAGCCACGCGUGCGCAAUGCGACAAUGCAAUCGCUGAUACUCACACCACCAAGGUACCUAUGUUGACACUCUCGUUACAGCUCAAACGCAUGCGAAAGUCAUAAAUUGAAGGUAACACCGCUGGCACUGCAAAGCAUCUCCAUUAGCAAUCAUCGCCACCACCACACAAUCGACGCUUACAAUUGAGAUUUUUUGAAAUCCCACUUUUGUGGAUACCGCGCAGAGUCAUCCGCAUCCGCAUCUCCACGGCAUCAAUGCACGCCAGAACCGAAACUCGUUCUCCACGGACAAAACCCGCCGUGUCGCACUUCCCCAACAUUCUCCACUCUUCCACCUACUCCACUCUUCUUGGUGAUCGCCAAAAGAUAACGAAGACUCCUUCCCAAAUAGACCGUGACGGCGAACAUCAACAUGCGCAUCAAGUCGAUCACCAUCAAAUUGCGGCAUUCCUCGUUAGCAUCCUGAGUCACAUUUUUGCACCAGCUGCGUACCAGCAAUGCACAUCAUCCACACCCUGCUGGGUCGCUUCGCAUAGUCACGAGUGUUCGUCAAGGAGUUGUGAAAAGACGGCGACCGUCGUAGACGAUGACUUUGUGCUGCUCGAGGAAAGAGACAGUGAGGAGCAGGACGGAGGGCCGAUUUGUCGAGAGGCCACCAUCGAAAGCUGGAAGGCCCCGAAGAAGGCACGUAGGAUGUAUGGGGAUGCGAGGCGAUGGAGCGACCUGCCAUAUUUUGGCUGCCCAUAAGAAAGUCGCGAGUCGAGGGGACUUGACAGCUGGUUUGCGGGCAAUGCCACCAAAUCAGAAUGUGAAGGCCUAUCUGAGCAGCAACCAAGGUCCAGACGAGGCGUGGCUGCAUGUACAGUUGUACACAGCAAGCGCAGAGGGUGAGACGAGGCUUUUGGGCGUAGCAAGCGAUGA